ACGUCACUCGGCUGCUCGCUGGACUGCGUUCCAGGCACGUCGCCUGGACCGGCGAUGAUAUAAAGCUCGCAUCAAUCAAACUCGUGGUUUGCGCCGACGACUCUUCAAAUCGAAUACUCCCAUGUCAGUGCAGGUGCAGCAGUAGUAGCAUGUCCGGUACUCCAGCGACUGCGCGCCCCAUGGCCAUGGACAAGCAGCAGCCGCUCCUAUUCUACCCUGCGGCCGCCGCCGGCAGCGGCAUGAGGAGACACAGGUACCUCACCUUCCUCGCCAUCGCCGCGGCCUUGGUCGCCUCCUACCACAUCCUCCACGCGCCCACCCCGUCCUCGCGCUACCACGCGCUCUUCCUCUCCCUCGGCUCCAACGCCACCGCCGCCGCGCACCUCCGCGCGCUCACCCUCCGCCCGCACGUCGCCGGCACCGAGGCCAACGCCCUCGCCGCCGAGUACGUCCGCGCCGCGCUCUCCUCCUUCGCCUUCCCCACCCGCGUCACGCCCUACUCCGUCCUCCUCUCCUACCCCGUCCACCGCUCCCUCUCCCUCUCCGCGGGGCCCGGCCGCCCCAACAGCGCGUUCUCCUUGGUCCAGGAGACCUACCCUGGCGACCCCUACGCCGCGGCGGCCGCGGAGGUCAUCCCCACCUACUUCGCCUACUCCGGGUCCGGUUCCGUCGCCGCUGAGGUCGUGUACGCCAACUACGGCGACAGGAAGGACUACGCCUACCUCGCCUCCCGCGGCGUCGACGUCGCCGGGAAGGUCGCGCUCGUGCGCUACGGGGACAUCCACUGCGAGGACAUGGUGCGGAACGCCCGCGACGCGGGCGCCGCGGCGGCAAUCGUCUACACGGACAUCAAGGACUUCGGCGGCGGUGGGGCGAAGGGGAAGCGGAAGUGGUUCCCCAACACGCGGUGGCUGCCGCCGACCGGCGUGCAGGUAGGGACCCUCUACUACGGGAACGGCGACCCGACCACGCCGAUGUGGCCGUCGUGCGCGGCAGGGGAGGACUGCGAGCGUCUGAGCAUGGAGGAGCUGGACGGGAGCGGGGUGAUGCCCGGCAUCCCCGCGCUGCCGGUGUCGGGGAGGGACGGAGAGACAAUCCAGAAGGCCAUGGGCGGCGCCGUGGCUCCACCGGAGUGGCAGGGCGGCGAGGGCGCGCCCGUGUACCGGAUCGGGCCCGGCCCGGCCGUGCUAAACCUGACUUACAUCGGAAACGACACCUUAGCAACCAUAGAAAACGUCUUUGCUGUGAUCGAAGGAAAAGAAGAGCCUGACAGGUAUGUGAUCAUAGGAAAUCAUCGUGAUGCUUGGACAUUUGGGGCAGUUGAUCCCAACAGUGGGACAGCAGCUAUGCUCGAGAUUGCGGAGAGGCUAUCCAAGCUAGAAAAGAAAGGAUGGAGACCUAGGCGGACAAUCAUCGUAUGCAGUUGGGAUGCUGAAGAGUUUGCUCUGAUAGGGUCUACGGAAUGGGCCGAGGAGAACAUGGAUAUGCUGGCUUCAAGAGCUAUUGCUUAUCUGAAUGUGGACAUCUCAGUGUUUGGGCCUGGAGGUCUUAUGCCCCGUGCAACUCCUCAACUCGAUGAAUUGAUCAAAGAAGCGAGCAGAAUGGUACCAGAUCCUGACGAUCCAUCACAUACCCUGUAUGACUCUAUGAUUCACCAUAAUCCUCCGAUUACAAGAGUGGCCGGUGCGGGAACAGAUUUUGCAGCUUUUGUCCAGCAUAUUGGAGUCCCUUCACUUGACAUGUCUUAUGGACUAUUUUCAGAAUACCCUGUUUACCACUCACUGUACGAUGAUUAUGUUUGGAUGGAGAGGUUUGGAGAUCCCUUGUUCCACAGACACGUAGCAUUGGCAAGCGUUUGGGGUCUGAUUGCUUUGAGACUUGCAGAUGAUGAGAUAAUACCCUUCAAUUACGUCUCUUACACGUCUGAAUUAGAGGAGUGCACAAAAGUUGUGGAAGCCGGAUGCCCCAGAUGUCCCGUUAGUUUCACCCCUCUUCACAAGUCAAUCAAGCAGCUUGAGAAGGCAGCCACGAAAAUUCAUGGAGAAAAGAAGGUGCUGCAAGCAGAAAAGUGGGGUCUAAACAGUAGACAACGCACACUGAAGGUCAGAGAGAUCAAUGACCGAUUGAUGAUGGCAGAGCGAGCCUUCACCAACCGAGAAGGGCUCGUGGGGAGACCGUGGUACAAACAUAUGAUUUAUGCAUCGUCAGACCAGGACGACUGGGGCACCAAGGCGUUCCCUGGCAUCGUCUCGGCCAUCGCCAACGCGAAGCAUCUCAACACAACCGAAUCUUGGCGGCUCUUGCAGCAUGAAAUUUACAGGGGUGCAAGGGCCGUGUCCAAGGCCUCAGCAGUCCUGGAUGGUAGGCUAACAUGAUGCACAUAAGUUAAACAUCACCACAGCAAAAAAAAUCUCACUUCAUUAUACUUCAAUUCGAAGUGACUACGUAUAGUUCAGUACAUGCUUGUGCAAAUACGAAGGAAGGAAAAAAAAUCAACACUUGGCUCAUAAUAGUUGAUGAUGAAUCACCCCUUGUUGAUUCUCUUGGGAGAGUAAUACCAAUGGAUUGUUUAAGAGUUGUGCAAUUGUCCUACCCUUUCACCAUCAUAGUGUAGCACGGCAAGCAAGAAGGCCAUAUCUGCUCUUAAAAUAUCUGGAUCAGGCGAUGGAUCUCUCAGCUUAUUGGUGUGGUGUCCAACCGGAUAUCCUUCGCCGGCAGCAUCAGCCGCCACGCAAGAACAGCUUCCGAUAGCACAGCGUAUUUUUCUGAGUGAAUCUCGCAGCUAAUUUGCUGGUUGAUAGUAGGUCAUUGUCCGUGUAGAUGUAGAAUAUACAUAUCAUCCCGUCAGAAAAUGAGAAGAAUACAUGAAGAAAUGGGAUGCACGCAAAAGAUUCCAUGAGGGCAACGUCUGCAGGUCGAUCCAAUAAUGUGGAUCGUGCCCCUUGUACUUUAAUCUAUAAGGUGAAUUGAUUGGUUAGUAA